GCACCAUACAUACAUAACUCUUCUGUUUUGCUUUGCAACUUGGUGUUGCGUCCAGCCAUGUCCCCCUUUUCUCUCUCUCUCUUUUUUCAUUUCUUUCUCCUCUCUUUGGAAAUCUCUCCGUUAACGAUUGCUACCGAGCACAUUUCUGCCUUGUAUAUUAUAUAUUCCAUGGGGGUCCAAUUAAGUUGCUGAAACUCGGCAUUUUCGAUGCCUGGGUUUUGCCUUCCUUGAGAAAUGACAGGAGAGAAAUAUCCUUAUUUGUGCUAAAGGCGAAGGUUUGAGGAGCUUAAAGCCAAAGGAGUGAGCCCAGGGAUGGGUUUCGAACCACAGACAAGUCUUAGUUCAAAAACUAUGACUAAUGGAGCCUCCACUCCUUGCAUUUCGCAAAAGCAAAGAAGAGUAAAUAGUGUAAAUAGUCUCAAAGUGAGCAGAAUAGUUGAUUAGGCAAUAUCUUUGGCAAUGGGAGGAAAAUGUGCAAAUAUUCUCACCGUCCAGAAGAAUUAUGAUCUAUGGGUUAAGGAAUGAAUAUCUAAUGUCGACUUACCACUUUAACUGUAGAGCACAAUGCUCUAUCAUGCUGGGAGAUGUAGUUUCCCAAAGUCCUUUUCUUCCUCCAGUUGUCACAAUUCCAUAGCAUUGAGCCACGGCACUUUAUAGGGACGUCAAACUGUAUUCAGGAUUGUUGUGUGUUUUCUGGGCUGCAUGGCCAUGUUCCAGAAGCAUUCUCUCCUGACGUUUCGCCCACAUCUAUGGCAGGCAUCCUCAGAGGUUGUGAGGUAUACCUCUGAGGAUGCCUGCCAUAGAUGUGGGUGGAACGUCAGGAGAGAAUGCUUCUGGAACUUGGCCAUACUGCCCAGAAAACACACAACAACUCUGCGAUCCCAGCCAUGAAAGCCUUCGACAACACAUUGCACGUCUUUUGAGUUUUUUCUUGUGUUUGCCAUGCACACAGCUCUCCAAAUGUCUUUGGACUCCACUUUCCAGAGUUCUUUGGUGUUGCCUAUGUUUGCUUAAUCUGCUAGGCUUAGUCUGGCUGGUUGCACCACCCCCAUCCUCACAUUGUGUGGAGUUAGGACAGUUUUGCACAUGCCUUUUUGUAACUUUGAGUAAGCAGUGGCUUGCGUAUGAUCAGAGAGCAUGGUGGCUCAACCACGAAGACUUUUUGUGCCUCCCAAACGCAAUGCUUUUCACUCUGGAGUGAAACUUCAAUUGAUUCACGCAUGCAUGUACACUGCCUAUCCAGAACUUGGUUUGGAUGGUUUGUGGCAGUGUGCUUCCAAGAGUGACCAUGGUUUAGAUGGGCUUUGGAAGCAUGCAUCUGCAAGAGAACAUUUUUUGGAUGGACUAUGGCAGCAUGCCUCCAUAAGUGGCCAUGUUUGUACAGGCUAUGGCAAUAUGCAUAUGCAAGAAAACAGUUUUUGGAUGGGCUGUGGUAGUAUGCAUCUGCAAAUGCCCAAGUUUUGCAUAGGCUAUGGCAGUAUGUAUCAACAAGUCACCAUGUUUGUACAGGUAAUGGCAGUAUGCAUCUGCAAAUGCCUAUGUUUUGGAUGGGCUAUGGCAGUAUGCAUUAACAAGUGACCGUGUUUUGGUUGAGGUAUGGCAGUAUGCUUCAGAAAGUGAUCAUGUUUUGGAUGGGCUAUGGCAGUAUGCAUCUACAAACACCCAAGCUUUGUAUGGGUUGUGGCAGCAUGCAUUCAUAAGUGCCCACAUUUUGGAUGGGCUAUGGUAGCAUGCAUCCACAAGUGGCCAUGUUUGUACAGGCUAUGGCAGCAUGCAUCUGCAAGAAAACAGUUUUUGGAUGGGCUGUGGCAGUAUGCAUCUGCAAAUGCCCAAGUUUUGCAUAGGAUAUGGCAGUAUGCAUCAACAAGUCACCAUGUUUGUACAGGCGAUGGCGGUAUGCAUCCACAAAUGCCCAUGUUUUGGAUGGGCUAUGGCAGUAUGCAUCAACAAGUGACCAUGUUUUGGUUGAGAUUUGGAAAUAUGUUUCAAAUAGUGACCAUGUUUUGGAUGGGCUUUGGCAAUAUGCAUCCGCAAACACCCAAGCUUUGUAUGGGCUGUGGCAGCAUGCAUCCGUAAAUGUCCACGUUUUGGAUGGGCUAUGGUAGCAUGCAUUCACAAGUGACCAUAUUUGUACAGGUUAUGGCAGCAUGCAUCUGCAAGAGAACAGUUUUUGGAUGGGCUAUGGCAGCAUGCAUCUGCAAAUACACACGUUUUGGAUGAGCUAUGGCAGCAUGCAUCCACAAGUGGCCGUGUUCGUACAGGCUAUGGCCGUAUUUAUCUGCAAGAGAACAGCUUUUGGAUGGGCUAUGGCAGCAUGCAUCUGCAAGAGAACGUUUUUUCAAUGGGCUGUGGCAACAUGCAUCCACAAAUGCCCGUGUUUUGGAUGGCCUAUGGCAGCAUGCAUCUGCAAGAGAACGUUUUUUGGAUGGGCUAUGGCAGCAUGCAUCUGCAAGAGAACGUUUUUUGGAUGGGCUAUGGCAGCAUGCAUCUGCAAGAGAACGUUUUUUCAAUGGGCUGUGGCAACAUGCAUCCACAAAUGCCCGUGUUUUGGAUGGCCUAUGGCAGCAUGCAUCUGCAAGAGAACGUUUUUUGGAUGGGCUAUGGCAGCAUGCAUCUGCAAGAGAACGUUUUUUGGAUGGGCUAUGGCAGCAUGCAUCUGCAAGAGAACGUUUUUUGGAUGGGCUAUGGCAGCAUGCAUCUGCAAGAGAACGUUUUUUGGAUGGCCUAUGGCAGCAUGCAUCUGCAAGAGAACGUUUUUUGGAUGGGCUAUGGCAGCAUGCAUCUGCAAGAGAACGUUUUUUGGAUGGGUUAUGGCAGCAUGCAUCUGCAAGAGAACGUUUUUUGGAUGGCCUAUGGCAACAUGCAUCUGCAAGAGAACGUUUUUUCAAUGGGCUAUGGCAACAUGCAUCUGCAAGAGAACGUUUUUUGGAUGGCCUAUGGCAGCAUGCAUCUGCAAGAGAACGUUUUUUGGAUGGCCUAUGGCAGCAUGCAUCUGCAAGAGAACGUUUUUUGGAUGGCCUAUGGCAACAUGCAUCUGCAAGAGAACGUUUUUUCAAUGGGCUGUGGCAACAUGCAUCCACAAAUGCCCGUGUUUUGGAUGGCCUAUGGCAGCAUGCAUCUGCAAGAGAACGUUUUUUGGAUGGGCUAUGGCAGCAUGCAUCUGCAAGAGAACGUUUUUUGGAUGGCCUAUGGCAGCAUGCAUCUGCAAGAGAACGUUUUUUGGAUGGCCUAUGGCAGCAUGCAUCUGCAAGAGAACGUUUUUUGGAUGGCCUAUGGCAGCAUGCAUCUGCAAGAGAACGUUUUUUCAAUGGGCUAUGGCAGCAUGCAUCUGCAAGAGAACGUUUUUUCAAUGGGCUAUGGCAGCAUGCAUCUGCAAGAGAACAUUUUUUCAAUGGGCUAUGGCAGCAUGCAUCUGCAAGAGAACGUUUUUUCAAUGGGCUGUGGCAACAUGCAUCCACAAAUGCCCAUGUUUUGGAUGACCUAUGGCAGCAUGCAUCUGCAAGAGAACGUUUUUUGGAUGGCCUAUGGCAACAUGCAUCUGCAAAUGCCUGUGUUUUGGAUGGCCUGUGACAGCAUGCAUCCACAAAUAGCCAUGUUUCCACAGGCUAUGGCAGUAUGUAUCUGAAAGAGAACCGUUUUUUGAUGGGUUAUGACAGUAUGUAUCCACAAAUGCCCGUGCUUGAGAACUAUUUUUAAAUGGGCUGUGGGAGCAUGCAUCCGCAAGUGGCCAUGUUCAUACAGGCUAUGGCAGACCACAAGCUCGACAUGAGCCAAUAGUAUGAUGCUGCAGCUAAAAAGGCCAAUGCGAUUCAAGUUUUUAACAUGCUUUGUACUUGCCUGCAUGAAUCAGCCCAUAGGUCUAGGGUCAGGAAAGACUAGAGCUAUGCUUGUGGAAGAAGGGAUGCGCUUGUAGAGGUAUGUUAUUGGUGGAUUGUGAUAUAUUUGGCAACAUACGUGGCAUCUGUUCACCAACUAAAAGAGGGCAUUUGGCUUUAGCUUAACAUCCAUUCCUGUUUUCACUCAUGUUGCCCUUGAAAAACUAAUAAAUCUUACAUUUCUGUAAAUAACAGGAAGAUUUAUAUCUAUUAUGAAAGCUGGAGGCUCCCUGGAAUCGCACGUGUUUUGUCUCUUUCCCGCCGGUUAUUUUUAACCGUCGCCGUUUUAAACAAACCAGGUGCCGAUUUUCCUCCACGCUUCUCCUUCUGACAUUUUCCAUUUCAAGAGUGCCGUCGAAAUUUCGGCAUGUAAACCUACCUUCUAUUAAGCUGAGUUAGGCCUCAUGCUGAUGUUUUCAAGCAUCUCCAGGGAACCGCUUUGUAAACCAAGGUGUUGAUUUCCUUUGCCAUCCCAUGGAUGUGUGUGUGUGUAUAUAUAGAUAGAUAGAUACGGAUAUAGAUAUUGGACUGGAUGGCCUUUGUAGUCCCUUCCAGUUCUGUGAUCCUCCACAUUUGCAAGUUUACCUUUUGCAGAUUCAGUUAAUAAGGUCUCUUUGAAGUUGCACUGAAAGGCCUAAAGAUUCCUGUAUAUGUAUAUGUAUAUAUAUUGCACUAAAAUAUUAAAAAUAAAAACAGUGAAACCAUUCUGUGUCCUUAAAACCAUUCAACAUUAAAAGGAUUGAAAUGCAUUAAAACCCCAAACCCUAUGCACUCAUAAAGGGCAGUUUUUCCUUGUGCUCAUCAGGAAAUAAUAAAAUCCAAUUGAAAUUGAGCAUAGAUUCACACUGGAGGACUUAAUGAAGAUGUAUUAAUCACAUCCAUAUGUAAUCUAUUUCAGAUGCAGAGGACCAGGUGCAUUAUAUAUUUUUCUUUAAUCCGUGCAUUCCUACAUCAUUCAUAGAUGCCAGCAUGAAUGGGAACAUAAUUUUAUUUAUUUAUUAAUUAUUUAUUUAAACUUAUAUGCCGCCACUCCCCUAGGGCGGAAUUAGUUCUCAAACUGAGGUCAAAUUCAGAUUCCACCCGAACAUUAGGAAGAACUUCUUGACUGUAAUAAGAGCUGUUCAACAAUGGAACUCUCUGCCUUUGAAUCUGGAGGAAGCUCCUUCCAUGGAGACUUUUAAACAAAGACUGGAUGGCCAUCUGUUGGGGGUACUUUGAUUGUGCCUAUUCAGCAUGGCAGAAUGGGGUUGGACUGGAUGACCUCUGGUUGCUCCUAUCGUUGUUGUUGUUGUUGUUGUUGUUGUUGUUGUUGUUACACAGGCUGGAUGGUCAUCUGUUGGGGGCACUUUGAUUGUGCCUUUCCUGCAUGGCACAAUGGGGUUGGACUGGAUGGCCCCCAAGUUGCUCCUAUAAUAAUAAUAAUAAUAAUAAUAAUAAUAAUAAUAAUAAUAAUAAUAAUAAUAAUAAUUAUUAUUAUUAUUAUUAUUAUUAUUAUUAUUAUUAUUAACACUACUACUACUACUACUAAGGGUGGAUGGCCAUCUUUUGGUAGUGCUUUGAUUGUGCCUUUCUUAGCUAACAGAAGGGGCUUGGACUUAUAUUAAUGUUGUUGUUGUUACAAAGACUAGAUGGACUAGAUAGCCUUUGGGGGUCUCUUCCACCUCCUCGAUGAUUCUGUGAUCUUGACACUAUCUUGCUUUGGAUGCAUCCUAGAAUUGCAUUGGCUUUUAUAGCUGCUACCUCACAGAGCUCAGCUUGUGGCUUUUCUCCUAAACCCAUUUUAUAUGCAUUGCUCUUGAGGAAGUGUCACCCAUCUUACAUCUUUUCUGCCUAAGUGUUGUACCAGACCAACGGAAACAUGUUGGUGUCUGUCCGUAUUGAUAGUAGGCAUGAAGUUUGGAAAGUCAAUCAGUGAGGGUAUCUGCAUAGAGGUAGCCUGGUUGUUGUUGCCUGGAGGUACCCUCUGUUAGGUAGGUGUUAGCUACCCCUUGGUUGUUUGCAUUGAGUAACCAUGAAGUUUGGAAAGUCAAUCAGUGAGGGUAUCUGCAUAGAGGUAGCCUGGUUGUUGUUGCCUGGAGGUACCCUCUGUUAGGUAGGUGUUAGCUACCCCUUGGUUGUUUGCAUUGAGUAACCAUGAAGUUUGGAAAGUCAAUCAGUGAGGGUAUCUGCAUAGAGGUAGCCUGGUUGUUGUUGCCUGGAGGUACCCUCUGUUAGGUAGGUGUUAGCUACCCCUUGGUUGUUUGCAUUGAGUAACCAUGAAGUUUGGAAAGUCAAUCAGUGAGGGUAUCUGCAUAGAGGUAGCCUGGUUGUUGUUGCCUGGAGGUACCCUCUGUUAGGUAGGUGUUAGCUACCCCUUGGUUGUUUGCAUUGAGUAACCAUGAAGUUUGGAAAGUCAAUCAGUGAGGGUAUCUGCAUAGAGGUAGCCUGGUUGUUGUUGCCUGGAGGUACCCUCUGUUAGGUAGGUGUUAGCUACCCCUUGGUUGUUUGCAUUGAGUAACCAUGAAGUUUGGAAAGUCAAUCAGUGAGGGUAUCUGCAUAGAGGUAGCCUGGUUGUUGUUGCCUGGAGGUACCCUCUGUUAGGUAGGUGUUAGCUACCCCUUGGUUGUUUGCAUUGAGUAACCAUGAAGUUUGGAAAGUCAAUCAGUGAGGGUAUCUGCAUAGAGGUAGCCUGGUUGUUGUUGCCUGGAGGUACCCUCUGUUAGGUAGGUGUUAGCUACCCCUUGGUUGUUUGCAUUGAGUAACCAUGAAGUUUGGAAAGUCAAUCAGUGAGGGUAUCUGCAUAGAGGUAGCCUGGUUGUUGUUGCCUGGAGGUACCCUCUGUUAGGUAGGUGUUAGCUACCCCUUGGUUGUUUGCAUUGAGUAACCAUGAAGUUUGGAAAGUCAAUCAGUGAGGGUAUCUGCAUAGAGGUAGCCUGGUUGUUGUUGCCUGGAGGUACCCUCUGUUAGGUAGGUGUUAGCUACCCCUUGGUUGUUUGCAUUGAGUAACCAUGAAGUUUGGAAAGUCAAUCAGUGAGGGUAUCUGCAUAGAGGUAGCCUGGUUGUUGUUGCCUGGAGGUACCCUCUGUUAGGUAGGUGUUAGCUACCCCUUGGUUGUUUGCAUUGAGUAACCAUGAAGUUUGGAAAGUCAAUCAGUGAGGGUAUCUGCAUAGAGGUAGCCUGGUUGUUGUUGCCUGGAGGUACCCUCUGUUAGGUAGGUGUUAGCUACCCCUUGGUUGUUUGCAUUGAGUAACCAUGAAGUUUGGAAAGUCAAUCAGUGAGGGUAUCUGCAUAGAGGUAGCCUGGUUGUUGUUGCCUGGAGGUACCCUCUGUUAGGUAGGUGUUAGCUACCCCUUGGUUGUUUGCAUUGAGUAACCAUGAAGUUUGGAAAGUCAAUCAGUGAGGGUAUCUGCAUAGAGGUAGCCUGGUUGUUGUUGCCUGGAGGUACCCUCUGUUAGGUAGGUGUUAGCUACCCCUUGGUUGUUUGCAUUGAGUAACCAUGAAGUUUGGAAAGUCAAUCAGUGAGGGUAUCUGCAUAGAGGUAGCCUGGUUGUUGUUGCCUGGAGGUACCCUCUGUUAGGUAGGUGUUAGCUACCCCUUGGUUGUUUGCAUUGAGUAACCAUGAAGUUUGGAAACUCAAUCAGUGAGGGUAUCUGCAUAGAGGUAGCCUGGUUGUUGUUGCCUGGAGGUACCCUCUGUUAGGUAGGUGUUAGCUACCCCUUGGUUUUUUGCAUUGAGUAACCAUGAAGUUUGGAAAGUCAAUCAGUGAGGGUAUCUGCAUAGAGGUAGCCUGGUUGUUGUUGCCUGGAGGUACCCUCUGUUAGGUAGGUGUUAGCUACCCCUUGGUUGUUUGCAUUGAGUAACCAUGAAGUUUGGAAACUCAAUCAGUGAGGGUAUCUGCAUAGAGGUAGCCUGGUUGUUGUUGCCUGGAGGUACCCUCUGUUAGGUAGGUGUUAGCUACCCCUUGGUUGUUUGCAUUGAGUAACCAUGAAGUUUGGAAAGUCAAUCAGUGAGGGUAUCUGCAUAGAGGUAGCCUGGUUGUUGUUGCCUGGAGGUACCCUCUGUUAGGUAGGUGUUAGCUACCCCUUGGUUGUUUGCAUUGAGUAACCAUGAAGUUUGGAAACUCAAUCAGUGAGGGUAUCUGCAUAGAGGUAGCCUGGUUGUUGUUGCCUGGAGGUACCCUCUGUUAGGUAGGUGUUAGCUACCCCUUGGUUGUUUGCAUUGAGUAACCAUGAAGUUUGGAAAGUCAAUCAGUGAGGGUAUCUGCAUAGAGGUAGCCUGGUUGUUGUUGCCUGGAGGUACCCUCUGUUAGGUAGGUGUUAGCUACCCCUUGGUUGUUUGCAUUGAGUAACCAUGAAGUUUGGAAACUCAAUCAGUGAAGGUAUCUGCAUAGAGGUAGCCUGGUUGUUACCUGGAGGCACCCUCUGUUUGGUAGGUGUUAACUAGCCCUUGAUGGUUUGCUGUCUGGAGUUCUCCUGUGUCUGAGUGGUGUUUCUUAUUUAUUGUCUUGUUUAUUGUGACCCUCGGAGGCGCAACAGCUUCAGCGCAUUCUGGGUCAGGCUGGGCAGCAGCAUGGCCUCUUCUUCCAACUCUUGUGCUUCUUUCCCAGAGUUUUCCCCGUCCUAACGGUGUCUUCCUUCCCUCCUUUUGCUGCCUCUCUGACCCCGUUUCCGACAGCUCUA